AUGAAAGAAGCUUUGAUUUUAGUAUUUGUCUUUAAAAUUGUUGAUUGUUUUUCGGUUUAUGAUUCGGUGGAGUUAAAAGAUUAUAAAAGUGAAAUAUCUGAUAAUUCUUAUGAGUUCUCUUAUUUGUUAAGCGACGGUCAGUCACGAACUGAAAAAGGAAUUUUAACGAAGACCAACAAUGCUGAAUUUUAUAGAGUGUCGGGUUCGUAUUCGUUCACCACACCUGAAGGGAAAACUUUUAUUGUGAAUUACAUAGCCGAUGAAGGUGGAUACAAAGCUUCUAUUCGAGAAAAACCAACAACUCAAGUAUUUGGAAUAAUGCCAGCUUUAUCUCCAAAUGCUAUCAAAACACUUCUUGGAUAA